AUGGCGGGCUUCCCCCCUGCCUAUCAACACGAAAGCAACGACAUCUGGCUCGAUGAGUCAGCCAACGACGACAUAAACUCCGCACCAGUCCGCCAUGCCUCUUCUCGAAGGAGAACCAGAUCGAAAAGACAUCGUGAAGAUGAAGAUGGGGAGAAACCGCGCCUUGCUAGAAGCAAUUCUGUCCCUGGGCGAAGACCAGCACAUAUACGCAUGGGCACGAUAUCCAAUGUGCCCUCGACGAGUGGCUCAACCUCAGUCAGUGACGGUCGGACAAGUCCCGAAUCACACAUCUCGCAGCCGCCACCGGCAUAUUCACAACAAUAUCACUCUCUAGGAAGCAGUCUAUCGCUCAUGCGACCCGAGUCUGCAGAGUCUUCGAAGUUUUCCACGAUGUCUUCAGCCCAGCGCGCCAAUUUCCGGAAAACGUGGCAUGUUCCCAGCCGGCAGGACACGAAGAUGUUGGAAAACGCAAUCAGCGAAACGAAGCAAGUUCUUUUCGACAAGCAGGCCAUUCAGACAUCGCCGGCAGCAGAGAGACGACUGUCCACAGCGUCUGGGUUUUCUGGGUUUGAAUCGCAUCCUGCUGUUCGACCGUUGGUCACUCCCAAAGUCCGAGGCGGCGCAGCAGACGACGCAGCAGAGUAUCCCGGACCUUUGGCGUUGACGUUGAUCGUGCUGGGAAUAUGUCUCUCAGUCUUCACCAUUUCCUUGGACAGGAACAUCAUAACAACAGCGAUCCCCGAUAUUACCGCCCGAUUCCACUCGUAUGAUGAUAUCGGUUGGUACGGGAGUGCGUAUCUCCUCACUGCAUCGGCCUUUCAGCCUGUAUACGGCCGCAUCUACAUGUCCUUUGCAACCAAGUCGUCAUUCUUGACGGCCUUGGUGAUCUUCGAGAUUGGGAGUCUUUUGGCCGCCAUUUGUUCCUCAUCAAGCCUCUUGAUCGUUGGGCGCGCCAUUCAGGGCCUCGGAAGUGCUGGCCUUCUGACCGGUGCAUUUGUUGUUGGAACGCACUCCGUUCGAUUGCAACAUCGGCCGGUCCUUUUUGCCGCUGUCGGUAUUCUGUACGGCGUCGGCGCCCUUUGUGGCCCUCUGCUGGGAGGGACUUUUACAGACACAAUUGGAUGGCGGUGGUGCUUCUGGAUAAAUCUGCCCAUUGGAAUGGUGACAUUUGUCACCGUGUGCUUGUGUUUCAAGGGCAAGAGUCCCAGCAGCACAAUGUCCGGUACUCCGUUCACGCAUCGUGUGAUCCAGCUCGACAUUAUUGGCAACAUCAUCCUGUUGGGUGCAAUGACGAUGCUGUUCCUGGCCCUACAAUUUUCAGAGCAGCAAUACUCGUGGUCCAGUGCUCGGUGUAUCGGGCUACUGUGCGGGUUUGGGGUAACGACCUUGAUUUUCGUUGCAUGGAUGUUGUAUCGCGGGGAUGCGGCCUUGAUUCCUCCUCGCAUUAUUCGCCAACGGACAGUGGCGGCGAGCUGUGGCGCGGCUGUCAUGAUCUACGGCGCUCUCCUCGUCCACUCAUACUACCUGCCGAUAUGGUUCCAGGCGAUCAAAGGUACAUCCGCAAUCCACUCCGGUGUCAACAUGAUUCCAUACAUGGUGGCGAAUGCCCUGUUUUCCCUCUUGGCCGGGGUUUUUGUGUCGAAGAAUGGACUGUUCGCACCACCGGCAAUCCUGGGCUGUGCCAUUGGCACAGUUGGCUCCGGUCUCCUCGCCACACUGACCGAAUCCAGCCCGUCUUCUCACUGGAUUGGUUUUGAGAUCUUGGUCUCUGCCGGGCUUGGCAUGGCCAUUCAACAAGGCUUCAGUGCCGUGCAAGCCAUGCUGCCUCUAGACGAAGUACCCAUUGGCACUGCUGCGGUUGUCGCAUCUCAAUCUCUCGGCGGUGCAGUUUUUGUCUCUGUCGGAAAUACUUUGUUGCAGAGCCACCUGCUGAACAAGAACAACGAACAAAUUAUUCCAGGAGUCAAUAUCCGGGCGGUCAUCGAGCUGGGUGCGACACAGUUCAGAAGGGUGGUCCCCGCACAAGAUCUGCCGACCCUGAUUCAUCUCUAUAACGAGUCUCUCCAGGCAGUCUUCAUUGCUGCUGUUCCUCUCUGUGGCGUGGCGUUCUUGUGUAGUUUGUGCAUGGAGUGGAAAAGUCUCAACAAUAGGGGGGAAAACACUAGGGAAGCGGAGCAAACUAGUGGCACAGAAAAGGUUUAG